ACGGCGAGGAAACUGCGCAAGCGCGCCGCAAGAUCCAAUCGAAUUGCAUGCGAAGGGCGAAAGAUCGGCCAUGGUCGCCCUCAUUGAUACAUGCUGUUGUUGCGGAGACUGUAGACAACGAAACUAACUAACUAGCUAGCGAGACAGAGAAUACAAGACAGCAAGUACACAUAAUGACAAGCAAUAGCGGCAUUCUGAGUUCCUUGACGGCGACUCUGGGCCCCGAAGUGGUGUCCAAGAUUGAAUCCUCCAAGAUUUUAUUAGUGGGGAGCGGCGGCAUUGGGUGUGAAUUGAUCAAGAAUUUGACGUUGACCGGCUUUCGCCAUGUGGAGACAAUUGACAUGGAUACCAUUGAUGUGUCGAAUUUGAAUCGUCAGCUGUUGUUUCGCAGUCAACACGUCGGCAAGUCGAAAUGCGAAGUGGCUUGUCAAGUGGCCGUGGAAAUGCUGGGCACUACAACGACGGGUGCUGAUGAAGAGAACAAGCAGCCCAUUGUGUACCAGGCGCAUCAUGGCAAUGUCUGUGACAAUACGAAAUUCAAUGUGCACUUUGUCAAGAAAUUCGAUCUCGUCUUGAACGCGCUCGACAAUGUAACGGCGCGUCGACGCGUCAAUCGACUCUGCUUGGCGGCCAGUGUGCCUCUGGUAGAAGCGGGCACGACGGGCUAUUUGGGACAAGUCAAUGUCAUGGACAAGGCCAGUGGCGUCGCUUGUUACGAGUGUAUCACGCAAGAAACACAAAAGGUUUAUCCCAUUUGUACCAUUCGAUCCACUCCCAGCAUGCCCGUACACACCAUUGUGUGGGCCAAGGAACUCUACAAAUUGCUCUUUGCCGAUAAAUUGGACGAGUCCAUGCUCUACGAAGAUCCACAAGGAGAAGAACCAUCCACCUACAUGAAAUCUGUCGACGAGUUGCGGACAAUUCUCAAAGACAAGGCAAAAUCCAAAGACUAUGUCGUGGAAGCGGCCACGGCCUUGAUCAAGGCACUCUACGUCGCAGAAAUUCAAAAACAACUCGAUAUGGGGCGCUAUGCCGGAGCCAAGAAAACACCCGCCAUUCUCGGUGACGACAUUAUUACCAACGGCGCGGCCAAAGACCAAACAGCUCCCUCGCAAACCAAAGCCACCGAUCAAUUGUGGACCCCCACCGAAUGUGUCACGGAAGUCGUGGCGUGUCUCUUGGAGGCGCAUGCCGCCGAACCCGACACUCUCCUCCAGGCAUUCGAUAAAGACGAUGAUUUGGCCAUGAGAUUCGUAGCCAGUGCUUCCAAUUUGCGCAGUCAUGUCUUUCAAAUUACACCACUCCAAUCACUCUACAGUGCCAAGGGAAUUGCCGGCAAUAUUAUCCCCGCCAUUGCAACUACCAAUGCCGUUGUGGCUGGAUUGCAAAUGAUUCAAGUCAUCAACAUUCUCAAGGCAAAAAUGGAAAAAAAGGAAGGCGGUAAUCUCAUGGAACACUGUCGAUACAUUAAUUGUAUUCGACAAUGCACUCGCAAUGGUCUCUUUCUAAUACCUUGCAAGUUGCAACCCCCCAAUCCCAAAUGCUUUGUUUGUCGGGAUGCCACCCUCCAACUUGCCAUUAAUGUGAACAAUUGGACAUUGCAAACAUUUCUCCAGCGCAUUGUCAAAAAGGAACUGGGAUUUGAAGAACCCACGCUCUUGUUGGAAGACGAUUACAUUUGGGAAGAAGGAGAGGAUGCCGAUUCUCAGGCCUAUAAAGUCAAUCUGCCCAAGGUUCUUUCCAAAUUGCCCUGUGGAGGGAUGCAGCAUGGAACCGUCUUGAAGAUUGAAGACUUUUCGCAAGAUUUGCAAGUCAACGUGGCCAUUGCGCAUCAAGAUGUCUGGGAAGGCGAACAGUACGAUAACCCCGAGCAACAAUUCCACAUUGGGGGAGAUGUCCCCGUGGCCGAUUCCAAACCCGCUGCCAAACCAGCCCCGGCGGCUGCCAAAAAGGAAGAAGACAAAAAGGAGAAGGUUGUCGAUGACGACAGUGACAUUGAAUGCUGGGAUGGAGGCAAUGACGGUGACUCCAAGCCAGCUGCUAAGAAACGACCGUCGGAGAACAAGAAUGGUGAUGAUGAACCGAAGAAGAAGAAGGCAAAAACUGCGGAUGAUGAUGAUGAUGUGGAGGUUAUCGAAAUUGACUAGAUCAACUCCCGGGGCAAGGGGCUUGCAAGGAACACAAAACAGAAUGACAGGAGCACACAUGUAUCUGUGCUCCUGACUACAAGUGACGGUAGUAGGCUCUAACAACUAUAACCAGGGGAUGUUGUUACAG